UGAUGCGGUAGCUCGACAAGUGUUGGCUACCGCGAGAUGGUUUGAACGAUGCUCGCGGUCAUGGCCCUUCUUGAAAGAGAGGUGUUGCCCGGAAUGCCAAAAUCAUGUCGUGCGCGGCAUGGUCCUGCGACUUAACAAACGAUGAUAGUGACAGAAGGCACGCUUGCCAGCUGCCUGGUCGUGGCCGCGGCAGGCAGGUUGGGUUGGUUGACCCCGCCAUCCCGCCGCGUCAACUUCUCUUGCCCGGGUCCAGGGCCGAGCUGCGGGGCAGCUGAAUCAGCUCAGCACCGAAGGUCAAUCCAUGCACGGACCUCUUCAGAGCCAUUUCUUGGCCAUUCUUCCAAUCUUCUGGAAUGCAUCCCGAAAUGUUGAGUGUUUGAGCUGAUGCCGGGCAUGAUUGUUU